CGUUCACAAAGGUCCUUCCCUCUGUGUGGUCUGCUGUCCUGAUGUUGAAAGCAGCUCAACAUGAGCUCAGGUGAAGUCAUCAUGUUGACAGAGAAAUUUACAUUUGAUCCAAGAGUGGGAAUCGACAACCCUGCCUUGGUCAUCACAGACUGCACAGAUUCUGUGUGGACUCCCAGGCCACGCCUAUGCAUUCUCAAACGAGAAGAAGGGGACACCUACGGCUUCAACUUGAGAUUGGAGAGAGGUAGCCAUGGACACGUGAUUAGAAACGUGGUGCCAGGGGGCAUCGCUGCACGCAGUGGCCUUCGAGACGGAGACAGGCUUCUAGAGGUCAACAACUGCUAUGUUGAAGAUGUUCCCCAUCCUGAGGUUGCUAGGAAGAUUAAACUUAGUGGACAGCAGUUAUGCUUGUUGGUGCUGGAUGGUGAGGAAUACGAGCAGUCUGUGGCAAGAGGUCAGGACCUCCGACUGUUAUCAGGAACCCUCGAUGAAGAACCAUGCAAGCCUCCCAGGCUCUGCCACAUCACCAAGGAUCCUGCUUCAGGUCUGGGUAUCAGCUUUACAGCCUUGGAAGGAGAGAAAGGCCGGUUCUUGGUGAACAUGGUGAAUGGCGGUGCGGCUGAAAAGGCAGGAGUCUGCAAGGGAGAUCACCUGGUGUGGAUGAACGGAGCAAUGGUGUCCCACCUUACACAUUCUGCCCUCAGUCGAAUGAUGAAAAAAUGUGGAAAUAGCAUCACAAUCCUGGUGAUAGACGGUGAAAGUGAGAGGAUCUACAUGCGAAGGAAGAUGCCUAUUUUGCCCGCCAUGGCUGCGCCGCACAAGCUGCCCUUCAGAGCCAGAAAGCUCCACCUGAUCUCUGGGCCAGAAGGGUAUGGGUUUCUGCUCCGACUGGAGAGGACACCUUCAGGAAACACAUAUCAUGUUCUGCGUGAGGUGGACAGUGGCAGUCCAGCAGAGAAGGCAGGUAUGCAGGAUGGAGAGAUCCUGCUGGAGGUCAAUGGAGAAUCAGUGGAUUCACUCAGACACGAGGAGAUUGUGGAAAGAGUGAGACUAAGUGGAAAGCAGGUCUUCCUCACCACAAUCACACAAUCUGGGUUAGGGUAUUACAACCAGCUGGGCUUGUCUCCUCUUCUGUUCUGUGAUGGUGAGGAAGCUGAGAAAAAAAAUAGGAACACUGAAGAUGUUCAGCUGUUACCAAAGGAUGCCAAUGACUUUUGCAAUUCUAAACUCUACACAAUCGAAAAAAGUCCUCUUGGAUAUGGCUUUCACCUGGACUCUUUUCUACAGAGACCUGGGACUUUCAUCAGUGAGGUGGUUUUUGGAGGUCCUGCACAAAGAGCAGGGCUGGUUGCCGGAGAUGUUGUAUUGGAAGUUAACAGCAAAAAUGUGGAGGAGAAAUGUCUGGAUGAUGUGAUCACACUGGUGAAAAGUGGGGGGAACAGUCUUUCCUUAUUGGUUAUGGAUCAGAUAAGCUACAACAAAAAGAAGGAGGAAGAGAGGCCAGCAUCUAAUGUCACAGACAGAAAGCAGGAAAAGGAAGAUUUUGAGAUUUCAUUUUUGUGAGCAUGAACAAUUUUGAAGACUUUUCCCAGCACCUUUUUGGAGAUUUUAUUAAAAGAGCUGAAGAAGACAAAAACUAGGGAUGCACGAUAUAUCGGCAUUAACAUCAGUAUUGGCCAAUGUUAGUCAUUUUUUAACAUAUCGGUAUCGGCCCGAUUACUAAAACUGGGACGAUAUUAUGCACCAAUGUUUAUUUCCAUCUAGAUGCCUUUUGUGCCUGUGUUUGAAGAGGGGGAAGGAGGUUGGUCAUUUGAUUUUUGUUCGGUCACGUGACAGGGAUGCAUCGCAGCCAGGAUUGUUUUGUUUUUUUUAGAAGAAGAAGAAGCAGAGAUUCAAAUAAGCAGUUUGUAAGUCUGGAGUAUAACCCGUAUUUAAAAAAUUUCCGUUAGCAUAGUUUUUAUUCAGUACAAAAUUGCAUUUCUGUAAUUCUUGAUACUGUUCAUAUUGGUGAAUCACUGAUGAAAAAUUUUUAUACCAAAGUUACCUCAAUCACACACCGGGGAUUAAAAGGAAAUCCAAACUUUCUGAGAUGGUAGAAAAUAACAAAGAUAUUUUUCAUGCUGUUGUUAAAAUGUAUAUAUCUUUAACUAAACUUUGUCUGAUAAAAUUCUCUGUAUGUUAUGUAACAGCUGGUAUGACAGACUGUACAUUAUGUAAGACUACAAUAAAGAAAUCAAUUUCUUUGCCAAAGAUUCAUCUAAAUAUACUUUGUCUCUGGAUCAUAAACCAGUGGGUUAUGGGAGUGACACAAGAUAACUUUGCAGCUUCAGUUUUUGUGUCUUGUUGCCACCAGUGUAGAACUUGCUUCACAGUGGCAGCAGGUCAGUUAGUCACUGUGGUUAACGCAAAAAGAAAUGCCUUGUCAAACACUAGCUGACAGAAACAGGACUCAAAGCACAAAUAAAACACAAAUCUGUCAUAGUUAUGGUUCUGUUUAGUUUAACAUUACACUUAUGAGGACUUUAUUGUUCAUUCGUUCACCGUUUCAACCACCAGCAGUUAUCCUUCCAGCUCAGUCUGCCUCCAGACACCAUCCCACUCUAGAUUAUCUGCACUUGUUCCCACUAAUUAGUCACUCAGCUCACCUGUUCACCAGCCUACUAAUACCUGCCUCUGCCAGAACGUCUCUCUCACUCACUUCUUCCUGCUCCUCAUUGCUCACUCUCUUCAUUGCUCUUCCUGUGAGAUUUGCCUUUGCUUCACCUGCUCAUGUGUGCUCUGCCAGCUGGACUCUCCUGCUAAGGUCGCCAGUGUCUGCGUGCUGCAGCUCAGCCUGUUUCCUGCUCUACCGGAUCCUGUGUGCCCUGCCUGCUGAACUCUCCUAGUUGACAUUGCCCGAGUCUCCAUGCUGCUUUGCUGCCUGUUCCUCCGUGAGUUUCAGCUGCUUGCUUACCCGUUCUGGUGGUUCUCUGCUCAUCCCAGUAAACCAGCCCUUUCUACCAGGAUUCUCUGCCAAGACUGUGACUGUUUGCCUGCUUCAUCUGCCAUUAUUCACCCCUUCGAUAAACCCUUUAAAAUGUAUCUCUGUGUCUGGCUGAAAAUUGGGUUCACCUGCAUUAAAACGUGACAGAAUUGAUCACUGUGUAAUGUUGUAGCACUUUUGUUAAAUGUUGUAGUGCUUUGCACUUCAGGGCCACUGUAGGAUUUGGCCCAGAGGCGGAUUUUUAAAUGAUUUCAUCUGAUUUUUGAUCCGUCAUCAAAAUAUCAUUUGGGAUUAUCCACUUGAGUGCUGUCUCAUUAGGACCAGAACAUCCACAUCUUAGAACAGCACCCACACUCAUAGUUACUGCAGUGCACACAAACGCCUCAUAUCUGACUCCUUACACACAUUUAGCUACUUCCAUUCAGCUUUUCAAAGUGCCGUCCCUGUGCCUUUUAGAUCUGGUCAAAUUAACCUCUUGUCCAGCAGACAACGGCCCAAGACCUUCAAGUGAGUUUUUCUCAGACCUUGCUGUGCUGAUGUGAGAUCUUUUUGUUUGGAUUUCCUUUUAAAGAGAAUUAUCUUGUUCUGCUAUAGUUUAGAAGUUAUGAAGUCAUGAAACCUUUUAAAAUAAACUACAAAUCCUGGCUAGGUCUGGUGUCGGUCCAGACCGCAUACUGACUUCCCCCUGGCAGCCACCUUGCUCAGGCUCUUCUUUGGCAGUGUCAAGAACCUUAGGGAAGUCCCUAACCACAGUCUCUGCUGUGGUGGUGGCUGAAGGUCAUACAAAUUCAAGUUACCAUUUUAUAGACGAGGCCAGAGUGCCAUCUUGAAAUAUCCUUUUUGAGGAGCAGAACUGCCCCAUUACAGGCAGUUUGCUGAAAAUUCGGGAAGAGGACACAGAAUACAAAAACAAACCAGCUUGAAUUGAUUCGUUAUUAUAAAUUGGGGAUAAUGUGUAACUCUUCAAAAUGCAGGUCAGCUUUCCUAUUCCUUAGAGUACAUGUUUGAAACCUUGAGGUAACUCAGCUCCAGGCUGCUUUACAGUAUGUACGGCACCAAAUGUUUUGCAUUCUCUCAAGUUGAAACAAGGUGGUAGGAAAAAGUACCUUUUUAUUUAUUGGAUGCAUAAUGGGAUGCGGCCAUUUAGGCUAUCUGCCAAAUUUCCUCUCUGAUUCGUUGACAGGCUUAUCCGCCUCAAGUUGCUAAGUCCCUCACUGCAUUGUUACCUCUGCCUGUUUUAUUGCCUGUUAAUCUGGUGAUUGUUUGUAUUUUAGAUCUUGGUUGCUUGUUGCACCGUGAGUCCAUGAGAUCAAUGUCUUAAUUCAGCUGUAUGUUGGGUAGAUAUAGCAAAAUUGACAAUAAAGUUGACUUGGCUAACUUCCACAGUUAAGUUGCGAGUCGUGAGCUCAGACAUACAAACAAACAAAAAGAAGUAGGCCUAACCCCCUGGUUUCAAUGUUUUUAUGCACAGCGGGCUGUCUUUUUAGUUCCAACAGAGUGUUUUUUCCUUCUACAUAGACACACACUGUGGUGCCACUUUGUUUUUCAGUGAGGACCCACCGAGACAUCCUAAGGGUCCUAUGAACCUGCAACCUCUCUGUUGGAGUAAACUUCCCUGUUUAUUCAGAGAUUUCCCAUCAGCAAACCAUAUGGGCUGCAAUCAAAAUAAAGUUCUGAGGGUCAGACAGCACCUAAAUUGGGACCAAGCCAAGCCCUCCUCAUACUUGUGACAGGUUCUGAUGUGAGAAGCGGAUGAAGAAAAGGUCCUUCUGAUCCUCCCUGCCUGGUUUUCCCUCUACAACAUUUUUACCUCAGAUUAAAUUUAGAUAGCAUAACUCAACAUUAGGUGAGAACAAUUUCUUUCAACUUUAGAAAGAGACCCAAAACUGUUUUGAAGUCUCUUUGUAGGGAUUGUUUCAUGCCGAGUUUGUGUUCUUUUAUGUUCUCCUGGAUUAAUCAAAAGAUAGUGAAAGAUUAUGAAUAACUUAAUUCCUGAUACUGUUGAGGAUGGGUAUCAAUAAUUAUUUAUUUCAGAAUUGUUGAUUCUUAAAUAAAAGCUUAAGAGUCAAUGACUCGUUGCAAUCUGCUGGGUUUCCUUA